AUGCCGCCAACUGGCGCUGACUCAGAGGAUGAGUACGAUGCAUAUGACAACUUCGAUGGCGUAGACUGGUCAACAAUCCCUGGAUUGGACGCCCCAACAGCGUCUGGUUCGGCUAAUAAUGGCUCUCAAGCAACCAGUUGUAAGGCGACGCAUGGUGAAAUCCAACCGAGAGGCUGGCAGCCCGAAGCCACACAAUUGUGCUUGCUCGAUCAGCGUGGCGACGCUGAGGAUCGUCCCAGCUCACCACGACCCGAUCCAGUGAAGACAAUAGUAGACUCUUUCGAGGAAGAACUCACUUGCUCUAUAUGUUACGAUAUAUUUGCCGCCGCUCAUUUGGGCGUUCCGUGCGGGCAUAGCUGGUGCGGCGAGUGUGGCUUAGACUGGAUACAACGCGAGAAACGUGUGCCUAGAUGCCCAAUUUGCCGAGCCUCACUGUCGAAGAAGGCCCCGAUGUCUCCAAAUUACGCCCUGGACUCCAUCGUUGAGAAGUAUGUACAGAUCCUCGGCGCCACUGGCCAGAAUGAGUGGAAACCUGGCGGUGCAAAACAUACCCAAUGGAGUCUCAGGAAGCGGAGGUGGAAGAGGGAAGCUGCUGCUCGAGAAGCGGCAGAAAAGGCGAAGAAGGAGGCCGCAGCAAAGAUCGGUUUGUCACGCCGCGGUCAAGUCGUCCUUGAUCUGACAGACUUCAUCGUGCCCGAUGACGAUGAUGAUGAGGAUUAUGACGAUCCGGAGGUCGAGGAGCUGGUCCCGAUUGCGCCUCGGAGGCAGCCACGGAGACAUGCCAGAGUUCAUCUAGUGGGAGGAUGAAUCAUGUCGGCCUCUCACGCGCCUCGCGUUGUAGGCAUUGUUCUGCUUAUACUAAAACUCUGAUGUGCAUAACUUGGGCUCC